UUAUUUUAACAUCCUGAAUGCAAAACCAGUGAAAUCUUAAAAGUAAAAAUACAUAAUUUUGUUGAAAUCUGCACUAAAGGAAAACGGAGCCUUUGGCCUUGAUUGCUGCUGAUCUCCAGGUUAUUGGCAGGGAUGCACAAUUGCCUGAUAACCUUGAUUCUCACACAGGUCGAUGGCAUCGCUGUGACUCACAGGGACCAUAAAGUUCUGCUUCCAAGGGGUGUGGGCCAAGUGAGCUGAGAGCUUGGAUGCUUUAUAAAGGCAGGGCUCAGCCCAGCUGAUCCAUCCUGCUCUGAUCCAGCUGCUGCUCCUCUGCCCCAGGCUCAUCCCAAGGGAACGAUGGCAUUCGCAGGCAAAUACGAGUUCGAGAGCGACGAGAACUACGACGCCUUUGUGCAGAAGAUUGGUCUCCCCAGUGACAAGGCUGAAAUGGGAAGGAACUGCAAGAUUGUGACUGAGGUGGUGCAGAAUGGGAAUGACUUCACCUGGACACAGCACUUCCCAGGCGGCCGCACCACCACCAACAGCUUCACCGUGGGCACCGAGGCAGACAUGGAGACCAUGGGAGGAAAGAAGUUCAAGGCAACUGUCAAAAUGGAAGAUGGGAAACUUGUAGCUGAUUUCCCCAACUACCGCCACACUGCAGAGAUCUCUGGGGGGAAGCUGGUAGAGAUUUCUACUUCUUCUGGUGUAGUCUACAAAAGGACCAGCAAAAAGAUUGCCUAAGGCAGCAAGGCCAGUCUCUUCUAAUGCACUGAAAGCCAACA